CGCUGCCCCGCUAGCUAGGAGGCGCAGCCGAACCUGCUUGGCUCGCAUCACCCAAUGGGAGCCGGCGUCGGGACGCGCUCACCCCUUACGGGGCGAGAGGUGGGUCUGUAGCUAAGUUGGAUUGAGCAGAGAGAGCGGUGGCUGCUGCUGCGGUAGUAGUAGGGGAAGAGCAUUUUAAGAGCUGCUGAUGAACAUUGGAUGCCUUAGAAAAAGAACCAUGGAGAAAUAUAUUAAGGUGCAGAAGAUUGGUGAAGGAUCCUUUGGAAAAGCAAUUCUCGUCAAAGCUAAAGAAAAUAGCAGACAGUAUGUUAUUAAGGAGAUAAACAUCUGUAAGAUGUCCAAUAAAGAGAGAGAAGAAUCAAGGCGAGAAGUUGCUGUGUUGGCAAACAUGAAACAUCCAAAUAUUGUCCUGUAUCGGGAAUCAUUUGAAGAAAAUGGCUCUCUCUAUAUAGUGAUGGAUUACUGUGAAGGAGGGGACCUGUUUAGACGAAUAAAUGCUCAGAAAGGGAUCUUGUUCUCAGAAGACCAGAUCAUGGAUUGGUUCGUACAGAUUUGUUUAGCACUAAAACAUGUACAUGACAGAAAAAUUUUGCAUCGAGAUAUAAAGUCACAGAAUAUAUUUUUAACCAAAGAUGGAACAAUACAACUGGGAGACUUUGGAAUAGCUAGAGUUCUUAACAGUACUGUAGAGCUGGCUCGCACUUGCAUAGGAACACCAUACUAUUUGUCACCUGAAAUCUGUCAGAACAAACCUUAUAACAAUAAAAGUGACAUAUGGGCUCUUGGUUGUGUUCUCUAUGAAAUGUGCACACUUAAACAUGCAUUUGAAGCUGGUAACAUGAAAAACCUGGUACUGAAGAUAAUCUCUGGAUCUUUUCCUCCUGUUUCUCUGCAUUAUUCUUAUGAUUUACGUAAUCUGCUUUCACAAUUAUUUAAAAGGAAUCCUAGGGAUAGACCAUCAGUCAACUCCAUAUUGGAGAAAAUCUUUAUAGCCAAACGGGUGGAAAAAUUUCUUACACCACAGCUUAUUGCAGACGAAUUCAGUCACAAAGUGUUCCACAAGUUUGACGCCCCUGUUGCACCAGUAAAAAGACCAGCUCAAGGACAAAUCUGUGCUUCAGCUGUGCCAGCUCAGAAAAUUACUAAACCUGCUGCAAAAUAUGGAGUGCCUUUAAUGAUCAAGAAAUCUGGUGACGCAUCUAAAAAAUUUCAUGAGAAGAAGCCAUUAGCUAAAUUUAGACAGGUGCAUCCAACUCCAAUGAAGAAAGUGAAUCCAGGAGAAGAAAGGAGGAAAAUGUUUGAGGAAGCUGCGAAAAAGAGAAGAUUCGAAUUACUUGAGAAGGAAAAGCGACAAAGAGACCAGAUCAGUUUACUGAGGGCGGAGCAGAUGAGAAGACUGGAAAAGGAAAGGAUGGAACGGAUAAACAGAGCCAGGGAACAAGGCUGGAGAAAUGUGCUUAGUUCAGGUGGAAGUGGUGAAGUUAAGGCACCAUUUUUUGGUGGUGGAGGUGGUGUUGGGCCUUCCCCUGUGCCUGCCAGAGGACAGUAUGAACACUACCAUGCUAUCUUUGACCAGAUGCAACAGCAAAAGGAAAAUAUUAAAGUAGGUGAGGAGAGAGAAACCAGAUGGAGAGCAGAAAUACGAAGUCGGGAAGCUGUUGAAAGAGGAGUUCCACCUGGAGUACGUCCAGGAUUUCCUAAUGGGCCUGAUGGUCAUCACCAUUUACCAGAUGCUGAUGCAAUUAGGAAAAAAAUCAAAAGAUUGAAGGAGGUGUCUAAACAAGCCAAUGCAAACAGGCAAAGAGGAUGGGUAGCAGCAGAAAGAGCAAACCAAGUUGAAGAAUUCUGGCAACGAAAGAGGGAAGCUAUGCAAAACAAAGCUCGUGCUGAAGGACAUAUGGGUACACUGCAAAACCUGGCAGCUAUCUAUGGAGGCAGGCCCAUUUCUGCAAGAGGAAGGAAAUCCAGAAACAAGGAGGAAGAGGAAUACUUGGCAAGAUUAAGACAGAUUCGACUUCAAAACUUCAAUGAACGCCAGCAGAUUAAAGCUAAACUUCGUGGAGAAAAGAAUGAAGCUGACAUUUCUGAUGGACAAGAAGCAAGUGAAGAAGCAGAAUUGAGACGCAAAAAAAUUGAAGCACUAAAGGCCCAAGCAAAUGCGCGAGCUGCAGUUCUGAAAGAGCAACUAGAGCGAAAGAGAAAGGAGGCAUAUGAAAGAGAGAAGAAAGCUUGGGAAGAACAUUUGGCAGCAAAAGGGGUAAAGAAUCCUAUGGUGCCUUUUAACGUGUCGGCAGCUGGGGUUAGUCCUAUGCCUGGGCAACAAGAACCUGGAGGACCACCUGCCAAACCACAACUUCCAUUGAAGCCCAGUACACCAGUUAUCUCUAUGACUUCAGCUUUGAAGUAUGUGGGCGUGGAUGAAAAUAAAACUGCUAUCCAGGAAACCACAGAGGAAACAAAGAAGGUAGAUCUUGCUGUGCAAAAUAAAAGAGAAAUACUAAGAAGAUUGAAUCAAAAUCUUAAAACACAGGAAGAUGUAAAAGGAAUAAAGGAGCCUAAAGACACCUGUGAGACAGCUGUGGCUGAAGAGAGUAAAGAAGAAGAAGAAUAUCCUCUUCUAGUAGAUCGCAAGAAAUGGGAGGUUGCAGCAGCUGAGCUGGUGGUUCCUCUUGCACAGCUAACUAUGGAGGAAUCGUUCUCAGGGACAGAGAGGCAGACCGUGGGGGAGGUAAUUAAACUAGAUGUUGGUGAACCCCAGAGGAAAGUUUGGGGCAAAAGCCCUACUGAUUCAGUGCUGAAGAUACUGGGAGAAGCAGAGUUACAGCUUCAAACUGAAUUACUGGAGGAAAUAACUAUCGCAAAUGAAGUUCCUGAAGAAGGUUCUCAGCCCUUAACAAUGAAAGAAAACAGCGAAGUAAAAAUUGCUUCUUGUAUUGGAAAGAAAUCUUCAGCUCCGGUUGUUGGUAUCCUAGAGAAUGAAAGGACAAUACCAGAGGAGUCACAAACAUUUGAUGCCACCCAAGUGCCAUCCAGGCCUGUUGUGCUAGAUGAGCUGGAUGAUUUGGAAGAAGAAAUAUUGGAAGAAACUGAAAAAAAUAAGUGCAAAAGUGACCAGUUUAUCAUCACUGUUCAUGAUGUGUGGGUUAAAGAAAGGGAAGCAAUAACGGAGAAUGGGCCACAGGAAGAUACUGCCUGUCAGAAAGAUGGUGGUGGUGAUGAAGCAGCUUUGGAGAAGGAAAUGCCACAUAAUGCGCAACCACAUGAUGAAGUUUCUGCUGACACUUGUGACUCUAUGCAACCUGAACCCUUUUUCCAGAAGGUGCCACAACCACAAGCCAUACCAACAACCUCACCAGUUCUGUCAGCUCAGUCUUCACUGGAAGAGCCUUUUCCACCUCGUUCACGAUCUGUAUCGCCAGCAAAAAGGAAAGGCAAAAGUUCAUUACUGAUUGGGCUCUCUACUGGCCUGUUUGAUGCAAACAAUCCAAAGAUGUUAAGAACAUGUUCACUCCCAGAUCUUUCCAAGUUGUACAGAACACUAGUUGAUGUUCCCAUUGUAGCAGAUGUACAACAUCAAGACAACCUUGAAAUAGAGGAUAUGGACGAUGAGCAUGUCAAAGAAGGGCAUUCUGAUUCUGAAGACAUUACAUUUGGUGAGGCAGAUACAGACUUACGGGCGCUUCAGGCCUCGAUGGAACAGUUACUUAGGGAGCAGCCUAGUGAGGAAUUCAGUGAAGAGGAGUUGUCAACCUUAAAGGCAGAUACUGCAGCACGCAUAACAAAUGGUACAGAACAGGAUGAUGAGGAUGACAACAACCCCAGCAGUGAAAGUGUACUUAAUGAAGAAUGGCAGUCAGACAACAGUGAUGGGGAUAUUGCCAGUGAAUGUGAAGCAUAUGACAGUGUCUUCAGCCAUUUGGAAGAGUUGAGAUAUAAUCUGGAACAGGAAAUAGGCUUUGAUAAAUUCAUUGAAGUUUAUGAUAAAAUAAAGGCAAUACAUGAAGAUGAAGAUGAGAAUAUUGAUAUUUGUUCAACAAUAGUUCAGAAUAUUCUGGGAAAUGAAUAUAAACAUCUGUAUGCCAAGAUUCUUCAUUUAGUGAUGGCAGAUGGAGCCUAUCAGGAAGAUAAUGAUGAAUAAAUCUGACUCAGGAAGUGUGAUAUGUAGGUGUCUGGAUUCUGUACAGCAGAAUUGCGAGUUACAAUGGAAAAUGUAAUUGAAUAAGGAGCAGGGAAGUGGGAGACAUAAGUAAAGCAUGCUGAUUACAUGAAGAUGGAAAAACAUGCCUAUAUUUCAGAUGAUAUGUUUAUGUAUUUCCUUUUGUGUCCUCAUUUUUAAAGUUACCUGCUGCAGAAAUUACACUUUAUCUUAAAAAUUUCAACCAAAGUAUACAGAGGAUGGCCCAGAAGAUGUUUGUUUUUUUAAAUCAAGAUAGAUUUAUCAUGUAAUAGAGGCCUUGCCAUAUUAACUGUUGGCUGUUAGGUGUAAGGAGUUAAAAGGAUUACCAUGUUUUGAAAAUACCUGCUUCUAGCUCUUCACUGACACACUAAAAAUAAUUCUGUUUAUCCCUACCAAAGAUUGUAUUUCAUUUUCAGUAGACCAGUUAGACUGUAUUUAAAUAAUCACAUUGUAUCAGUGGCCCAAGUUUGAAUAUUUCACAUUUUUUAGAAUAAAACUGGUAGCAUGUUGAAGUUUCAAUUUGUCACUUUUUAACCAGUGUCACCUAAACUAUCUUAAUAGUUUUUGCAACUUGAGGCAAACUGGUCUUUAUCACAUCACUGAAAAAAAAAUUUUUUGUUUUUGUUUUUUCAAAGGAGUAAUGGAAUUCAUUUGGAACCGGAGAGUUUCUGCCAUAAUCUUUCUAGCAGAGACAUUAAUACUUCAAAUUUUGCUACCUUCUCUAACUAUAAAGCUGUGCAGAAGUUAAGGCUGCUCUUUUUUUCCCCCUCCUGCCACACAGAGAAAAACAAAAUGGGAUAAUUUAUCUAUGUUAAACACUUAAAUAUAGUGUUACUGUUGUCAUUUUGACACUGAUGAUUUGUUGUGUGAUUUCCCAGGACAAUAUAAACCUAGAUUUUCCCUGUACUCUGUUCCUCUGUCAGAGGGAGCACCAUACUGGCAAAAUAAGGUGUGUGUUUCCCCUCCCCUCCCCCCCCCCCCCCCCCCCGAGACAAUGACUAGAAAGUGUUACUAGUCUGUGUGUACAACAGGUCAAAUAUUACAGAUCAAAUGAAACUUAUAAUUUUCAGUUACCCUUUUGGAGACAGAUGGAUUUUCAAACCCUGAGUAAUAGCAAUCUCAGUUGGAAUAAUUUAAAAAUCAAAUUAUUUUAGCACUAAGUGAAAGUUAAUUUGUACAUUAUUUCUAAUCUUCAUAAAUAAAUACUUGAUUUUUGUAUAACUGUUUAUUUUUAUGUUAUUAUUACUGUUAAAAAUUCCUUUCUUGCCCAUUGCAGGGGAUAGGGGGUAAAACAAUGUUAAAUUCUUUUUGCUUCUGUGGAAUUGUUUGUUUCUUUACAUGUUUUAGAACCAGAGUGUCAAAUUAAUUGGAGGAAGAGAGUCAAAAUCCAUUUUUCCCUUGGCUGGGUUAUAAAUUUAGGAAUCCACAGUGAUCAGAUCCCACUGAUGUCAGUGGGAGAUUUGUACAAAGAUCAGAGGUAAAUGGUCAUGAUGUAUUACCUAAACUUUCAGUUAUUAUUUACUCAAUACCUUAAUUUUUCUACUAAAUCAGACAAUACUAACUUCACCUUUACGACCCAUGCUCUUCCUUUCUUGUGUUUCUCUUCUUUCCCCAUCUUUUCUCUGUUUCUCUUUGUCUUCUUUUUUUUAUUCCCUCUGCAUUUCACUUUCUGCAACAACUCUGUUCUUCCCUCCAGGCUUUAUUCUCUUCCUCUUCCCCAUUUUGUCAACUAAAAUGAUCAACAGUGAAGCACUUAAGCUUGACAUUUCAAAUGUCUAUAGAGAUAACUGUACAAAAAAAUUAAUUGGGAAUGGGGGAACUCACCUUUUAAAUUCAUUGUUUCAAGCUGUCUGCAGACUCAGAUGCACCCUUUGACACUGGUUCUAGUUCAUAUUUUCAACGAUAUCUUUGUAAUUGUUUAGAAACAAGAUUAAAAAAAAAUCCCAGAUUCUUCAGGAUCUGAAUAUGCCAUUUAGACCACAAAUAUACAUCAAAUUGGCUGUUGGAUGCUUUUGUUCUAGAAUAUUGAACUUCCACAAAAUUCUUGAGAUGAAAUCCUAGCCCAGUGAUGUCAACGGAAAUUUUGCUAUUGACUUCAGUGGAACCAGAAUUUCAUUUAAAUAUGUAUUACUUCUCACACACAACCUACACUAGGCAUGGCUUGCUUCCUAUAAAAGUAGGAAGUAAGUUUGGCCAUACUGAGUGGAAUACAAGCUUUUAAGAUGAUAAUAGUACUUUUGUCAGUUAACUCUUUGUGCAGAAUACAUGCAUAUUUUUCACAUUUAAAAAAGAGAAUAAUCUUAAGGCCUUACAACCAAUUCUGAGUUCUCCUAAAUCCCUCAAGAGCUAAUUUAAGUUUGCAUGAAAUAGCAAAUAAGAAUAUUAUUCAAGUGUUGGGAAAAAUUAAUCUCUCCACAUUUUAAAAGAUAUUAAUCUGUCUAUUUGUACACUAGAGGAGGAUCAAUACCAAUAUUUGCAGGUUUCAGUCUGUGUAGAAUAAUGAAAUGUUUAUGUCAAUUGUUUAAAUACUUGGUUGGCAAUUAACAUAAAACCCCAGCCAAUUAUAAAAGGAGGUUGUCCAUAGCAUGUGUAGUAUUUUGAAUGUAAGUUAUGGCAAUUUAUUUAAAGAAACACUCUUUAAGUCCCAGUAAAUUCUGAGCCUAAAAUUAUUUAAGGAAAAAGAUCGCUUGUUGAGGAUCUCAUUUUGCAAUGACUUUCCAUUGUAGAAAAAAAUUAAAAUAA